ACUCGUUUGCUACGUUGACAUUAUCAGCUGGUUAAUUGUUCAACACAUCUAACUUGCAUUGUGUCACUUAUUCAUUAUAACAACAACAUUGCUCAAUCACAUUCGCUGCAAUAUUCUGACUCAUAACCAUUUUUUCACAACCAUUUUGACAUUGCGUAAACAAAGACGUUGCUAUUUUCGAAUGGUGUUUUUCUUGGUAAAUUUAUCGGCUUCAUUGUUUUUCUCUAGUUGAUAUAACAAUAUCACACAAAAAUGUAUCAGAGUGUCGACAGCAUCGAUGAAAUGUAUCGUCUGAACAUAAGCAGCAGUUCGUUUCCAAGGGAUUACAGUUAUUCAUUGUAUGAAGAUGACGAUCGAACCAAUUCAUCGCCCGAUGAAGACAAUGAAAAGCCACGAAUUUUGCUGAUGGGAUUGAGACGCUCUGGCAAAAGUUCAAUUCAGAAAGUCGUGUUUGGUAAAAUGUCACCGAAUGAAACGCUCUUCUUGGAAUCGACCAAUAAAAUCGUGAAAAGUGACAUUGAAAAUAAUAGUUUCAUAAAGUUUCAGUGCUGGGAUUUUCCGGGACAAAUUGACUUCUUUUUCGAUCCAUCAUUUGAUUCUGAAAUUAUAUUUAAGCGAUGUAACGCACUUGUCUUUGUUAUUGAUGCACACGACGAUUACAUCGAAGCACUGGCCAAAUUGAACAAAACCGUUUUGAAAGCAUAUGAAGUGAAUAAAUCCAUAAAGUUCGAGGUGUUUAUUCAUAAAGUUGAUGGAAUUAAUGAUGAUUUAAAACUUGAAACACAGCGAGACAUUCAUCAACGCGCAACAGACGACUUGGCUGACGCAUCGUUCGAAUGUAUUUGCCUGAAUUUUCAUUUAACGUCAAUCUACGACUACUCCAUAUUUGAGGCAUUUUCAAAGGUCAUACAAAAAUUAGUGCCACAGCUGCCGAAGCUAGAAAAUCUUCUCAACAUUUUUAUUGUGAAUUCGGGUGUGGAAAAGGCAUUUUUGUUUGAUGUCGGCUCGAAAAUCUAUGUGGCUACGGACUCAUCGCCGGUUGAUAUGCAAAGUUUUGAACUGUGCUGUGAUUUGAUUGAUGUUGUGACAGAUUUAUCGACUAUUUAUAGUGCUGAUCUCAAUACGCCGAUUGAUGAACAAAGCGGAAGCGUCAUCAAAUUGAACAACGGCAUAAUUCUGUAUCUGCGUGAAAUUGACAAGUUUUUAGCUUUAGUUUGUAUUUUACGUGACUAUAACUAUACCAGACAAGGAGUGGUUGAAUACAAUUUUUUGUGCCUUCACGAUGCAAUACACCAGAUAUUUUCGGUGGGACUAUCGAAAAAGGUGGAAAAUUAUCAUAAUGAAUUAAACGAUGACUAUUUUGAGCAACAAACUAAUGGCAGUCUCAUUAGUACCAAACAAUCAUCGACCACUUUACGGGCUCAUUCAAAUUCCCCACUCACACAGUACUUGAUCAACAAUAAACUCAAAAAAAUCAACAACUAAAUGUGACUCAUUUUUGAUUGUCAAUUAACGCUUGGAUAUUUGACGGCCUAAGAAGAAAACAAUAACAUACAGAAUAUU